AUGCAUCGCCCACAGUCUUUGAAAUGGUCCCGUAGCCAGGAGGAAGAAGAGGGGGGGAAACUCCUAGAGGAAAGGGCAAACAGAUUGUCAUAAGCCUACAGACUAAGUAAGAAAACUGAACAAUCAAAAAUGUGUUAAUCGUGUAUGGAUAUGGAAGUACAGUGUCCGGUGUGAUUGUAGUAUACACUUUAUGAUUAUAAACUAAGAGUCGCUAUUGUACAUGUAGCGCAGAGCUGUGAUGCGUGAUAAUAGCAAUCUUCCCUUUUUUCGGAGGUCCUGCUCUCUGAAAGUGGAACAAGACAGCCAGAAUGGCGCACAACAAGAAACUGAAGACUAAAAUAUAGGUAGUGGAGAACAAGUUCAUUGCUCUGAGACCCCCAAUCGGGAACCGAAUAACCAGAUGGAGCAGGGCAAAGCACAGUCCCUCCCUCCCGGGAAUAUCUGCGCCGACUGUCGAAACACCACAGAGUCCCUCUCAACACCCAUCAGGCGCUUCACCCGGAGACACUCCUGGCUCGCCAUCCUCUCCCCGUCCUCAUUCCCCAUCGCAAUACAUGUUGCGCCUCCCUCCACCUCCCGGCUUCUACCUGCCCAAGGAACACAACUAUGCUCAGCACUGCCCCCUGUUGUGGUGGAAGCGUUAUGACAGGGCCAUCGACAGCCUGGAAAAGUUCCUGCGGCUGCUCAGUAUGGCCAGGCGGAAGGAGAACCGGCUGCAGCAUGUGCUCCUGCGCCUCAGAGAAACUCGUCUGAAACACACCCUGCUUCGCUCAUGGGACAGAGCUAAGGGCAGGGGAGGGGAGGUCGAAUUCAGGGAUUGGCGAGGAGAUGGAGAUAGGGCAGGAGGAGGUGCCAACCUGGCCGAGCCAGAGGAGACUGAGAUGGAUUUAGUGCCAGAGGACAUGGGGCUAUUUGAAGACAGACCUGGGGAACCGAAUUACUGGGACUGA